AUGGCGCACUUGCGAAAGGUGUUUAGUUUACUGUAACUUUUAUUUUUAUGUAGUGCCGUGAAGUGAAAACCAAGUGAUUUUAAUGCCGUACCGCAGGCGCUUCUCAGCCAAGAUGCCAGAUUUCGACGACGAAGUGACUGUCGUCGAUGUUUACGACCUGGCAUCGGACAUUGGCAAGGAAUGCGAGAUAAUUAUUGAAAAAUACGGCCCUGACGCCGUUACAGCGCUGCUGCCGAAGGUGAUUAAUGCGCUGGAGUUGUUGGAGAACUUGGCGGUGCGGAACGAGAAGGAGAAUCAGGCGCUGCAAGAGUUGACGGCUAAGAUUUCACAGUUGGAGAAUGAUAAAAUUGAGAAGGCUGAAUACAGGCAGCGCUUCGAGAAGGAAAUAGAAGCAAUCGAAGAACAAUGGCGGACGGAAUCAGCAGAAUUGGUGACUGCAGUAGCCAGGCUGCAGGACGAGAACAAACGUCUACGGCGGACCAUCAAUGCACCUGCAGACGGUUCAAGCGCACCGCCAUCACCAGCUCGGGAACACGACCAAGAAGUCCUGUCUCGGCUGAGCAGCACUGCGGAGAAGCAAAGAGCUACGUUACGUCAUCAGGAGUUACAACUACAAGAGAAGCAGCAGUUGAUUGACAGCUUGACGAAUCAGGUGGAGAAAUUGGCACAAGUCAGCCGGGAUCUACGGCGGAAGCAUAAGCAAAUACAGAAUCAGAUGCGCCUAGUCUGCGAGGAGCGUUCAGAGCUGACGGCGAUAGUGCAGUCACAACAGAGGGACAUCGCCGCGCUGCAACAAGAUAGCGCACAGAACAAGAAGUGCCCAACAUGCGGCGUGGCGACUCCAGACGGCGGUGACGAUGACGACCAGUCCUCGAAGCCUACCUUCAGCGUACGGGAACUGCGCGCCAUAUUACAUGAGCGUAACGAGCUUAAGCUGAAGCUCAGCCGGGCGGAGGAGCAGCUCAGUGCUCUGCAGGCUGACCAGCAACAUGAUAGUGGAUCAGACACAUCACCAUCAGUGAGCACAGCGCACCCUGAGGAGGAAGAGCCUCCAGUCCAAGGUCCACUGCCAGCAGAACCUGACGACGCACCAUGGAAGAGGAACAGCGGAAUCAGGAAGUUUUUUCGCAAGCUCUUUGUUGAGUCUGAUCUCGCCGUGGGCGGAUUCCAGCGGCGCUCGCUAUCCUCGCUCCGGGGCUCCGCCGCGGCCGCGUCCCCCGCGCCCCCCUCGCACCCCGCAGGUGCCUCCGCCCCCGCGUAGACACUCCAUCCCCCCCGCACGCCCGCACGCAAUCUCCGCCGCACCCCUUCACACCCCCCCGCACCGACGCUACUCGGACAUCAGGAACCCUCCCGUC